AUUUUUAUCCAGUACACUAUACCGCACGCACGCACGUGUGCGCUUGCACACAAACCACAUUGACACACACAUGUACACAAAGUCUGUACGCGAUCGUGAUAACUGAUAAGAUCGAGGAGAAAAAAGUGAAACUACUACCGCCGCCGGUCGACGUUCGUGGUGCUAAAAGCAAACGGGUGCAUAUCAGACGAUCGGUCCGAAAUGACGUACGUAUGACUGGCGUGUGUCACCGCUGCAUUUGUCCAUGGACAUGUGAAUUGAGCGCACGUGACCAGUGGAUCUGUUGCUGACCGACGACGACACUAGUGUGGCUGAGGAGGUAUUGUCAUUGAGAUGACUGACAGCGACAACCACUCGUCGUCCAUGGUCAUUGGCUACUGGAUGUCUGACCGCAAAAGCCAGAAACUCAAUUGGAUAGAGUUUGGCAAAGUGUGCAGGCAACAUGGAUAUGAAUUAGUGAAAUUGGAUUUGGAUAAGCCAUUAGAAGAUCAAGGACCAUUUGCAGUCAUUUUGCAUAAACUUACUGAAAUAAUUGCAAGAAAUGAUAAACAGGCAAUUCAAAUCAUUGAUAGAAUUGAACAGUAUAUAAAAGAUCAUCCAAAAGUAAUAAUUAUUGAUCCAUUAGAUAGUGUACGUACCUUGCUUGAUCGCUACAAAACAUAUAAUGUCGUGUUGAACACCAGCUUGAACAAUAUUGAUGUUUUUACACCAACAUUUGUGGAAAUUCUAUCAACGGAUGUGAAAGAAAAUAUCAAAAAGCUGAAAAAUGCUGGAGUUACCUUUCCAUUUAUUUGUAAGCCCUUUGUAGCACAAGGAACAACUUACUGUCAUCAGAUGUCUGUAAUUUUCAAUGAACGUGGUGUAGCUGAUUGUAAACCUCCAUGUGUUGCUCAGUCGUUCAUUAAUCAUAAUGCAAUUUUGUAUAAACUUUAUGUUGUGGGAGAUCAUUAUCAAAUGGUUGAGAGGCCAUCGUUAAAAAAUUUUUAUUCAUCAAAUGAAGAUCGAGAUACUAUAACUUUUGACAGUCACUCUGUGUCAAAAUCAGAUUCAAGUAGUGAACUUAGUGUACUUGAUCCAUCUGAAAGUGCCAAAAGAUCUUCUGUGGAUCCAAUAAAAUUACAUUCUAUUGUUAAAACUCUGGGUAGUUACUUAAACAUGUCUCUAUAUGGAGUUGAUAUUGUAGUUGAAAAUGAUUCUAAUCGGCAUGCAAUUAUUGAUAUUAAUGCAUAUCCUGGUUAUGAUGGAUUCCCAGACUUUUUCGGUAAACUCAUAGACUGUGUGGUGUCACGACGUGCUCAAUCGUUGUGCUCUAAAGCAUAUUUUGAAGACUCUGGAUUUGAUACUAGUGAUUCAAGCGACGAUAAGAAAUCUCGUGCAAAAUUAAAUUCAAUUAAUCAAUAUAAUUAAAACUGAUCAAUUAAAUGUUGUCUAAGAAAUGUAUACUCAUUUAUUGUCUAAAUUUUAUAUAUUUGUCAAUCUGAUUUUUAAAUCUGAUAAGUUAAAUGUAUUCAUUUAUAUUCA